AUGGCUCUGAACCCAUCCCCAAUGGCUGCGAACCCGAUCCGGGUUCUUCAGUGGAAUACUCAGAGCAUUAACAGCAAGAAAAGCGAACUGCUCACAUUAAUUGAUGACAUCAAGCCCGCUGUCCUUGCCAUCUCGGAGACAUGGUCCAGCAUUCUUACCGACAGAUGUGCCUUUCCAAGGUACAUGGUUGGCGAGAAAGACUGGUCCAACUUCAUCUCAUCAGUAGAAGAUAAACUUAGCCUGAUCCAGCCCUGUACUAGUGACAAUUUUCUCGCCAACUACGACAUGUUUGAGAGAGCAUUGACAUCCUCAGCGAAAAACAAGAAAACUCACAGAUUGGAUUCACCGUUCUCUAUGGACGAACUUCAAUCUGCUCUAUCAGGUCUAUCCGAUUCAACUCCAGGCAUUGAUGGCAUUCCAUAUUCGUUUCUUUCAAAAUCAAGCCUCAAGGUCAAGCAGGUCUACUUGGAGCUGAUAAAUUACUUCCUUGAGUACGGAGUUACUCCGAGCUCAUGGAGAGAGACAAAUGUCCAGCUGAACCUGGCCCUAAAAUACCUCUCGGACUGGCUGACUCGACAUGGCUUAUCCCUCUCCACUCAAAAAUGUACAGCAGUCGUAUUUACCAAGAAGCGCAACGUCCCUGACGUGGACAUCGUUAUUGGAGAAGAUUCAAUUGCUGUAUCAAGUGAAGUAAAAUUCUUAGGCGUGAUAUUGGAUUCCAAGUUAUCGGGUACCCAUCACAUGAGCUAUGUGGCUCGGAAGUGUGAGAGGGGUGUCAACGUCCUCAGAUCACUGUCGGGUGUUUGGUGGGGUUCCCACCCUUACUCACAAAAACUGCUAUAUAAUGCGAUUGUCCGGAGCCAUUUCGAUUAUGCUGCCUUCAUUAUAGACCCUUGCAAUAAAGCAGCUCUGGAGAAAAUUGACAAAGUGCAGUACAAGUGCCUUCGCAUAGUUUCAGGUGCGAUGAAAUCCUCCCCUACCAAUGCCCUCCAGGUUGAGUGUGUUGACCCUCCUCUCUCACUUCGGAGACAAUACUUAUGUGAUCGGUUUUUCUUUCGAAUCUGGCAAUCUAACUCCCAUCCUUUGUUGCCCAAACUUGAUAUCCUUAAGCGUCUGUGUAAUGCUCAAGAAACCCAUGGACUUUCCUAUCUACUAAAAACUUAUAUCUUUUCUUCUAACCUCCCCCACCCUACAUCCAAAUUUAGUAUUUACCCUCUGUUUGAUGUUCCUUACGACGCCUUAGUUUUUCAGCCCAAUGUAGUAAUGGAUUUAGGUAUCAGUAAAGACUCUCCUGCCGCUGAAAAAGCUCUAAGUGCGAAACUCAAUUCAGAGUGGCCAGGCUGGCUUCCCAUAUUCACUGACGCAUCCAAACUCUCCGAAAACAGCAACGUGGGUUUGGCCGUAUGGCUGCCCAAGUACAAAGUUGCACUCAGUUUUAAGCGUCCCCCUGAGUCCUCGGUCUUCACGGGCGAGGCAACAGCUAUUCUCGAGGCGCUUCUGUACGCUGAGUCACACAAACUUAACAAAACUAUUAUCCUUUCUGAUUCGGCCAGUUCAUUACAAGCAAUUAUUUCCUUUCCCUUUAAAUCCAAAUCCAAAUUCCCUAUCAUUUUAAAAAUUAGAGAAACCCUAUUCCGUUGCAUGACUCAGGGUAUAGAAGUAGCUAUCGCUUGGAUACCUGGGCACAGUGGUAUUAUUGGACCGAGGCUGGAUAGAUCCUGGAAAGUGUCCUGGGACACUUCUAGGAAUUUUAAAGGUUUUAACUGUGUAAAUAGUCUAAAAUAACCGUAACGACUGCUUUCCAAUACUGUGAGCAUUGGUCACGUGACUCUGGCCCAGUUAGCCGUGUUAGUCACACACGGCAAAGAGCCAUUCAACCAAAAUUGAAUUGAAUUGAUU